GCGACCGCGCCGGCCUAGUCCCCGCCUCGCUUCACUUCGGAGGCGGAGCCCGCGGAGAGGACGCUCGAGAAGCUUUCUCGGAGGUAGCGGGCGGGACGGCGGAGAAGGAGAAGGCGCGCGACGCCCUCGGAACCCCGCGGCGCCCCCGUCUCACGUGACCGCUCAGGGCGGAAGUGGCGAACGUUCCGCCCGGCUCGUUCCCUCUUUCAGGAACCUUCAAAGCUCCAUCCCCGGGAUUUGACGAGAGGAGUAGACGAUGCUGCCCAGACCUGGGACCUAUUACUUCCCCUGGGAGGUCAGCGCUGGCCACGUUCCCGAAGGCAGCAGUCUGAGAACGUUUGGCAGGCUGCACCUCUACGAUGUGAACCAGUCCCGGGUGAGCCUGCGAGCUCAGCGAGGCUCCGACCAGCACCAGCUCCUUGUCUGCACUGAGUUGGUGGAACCCUUCCAGGCCCAGCUGGGCUCCCUCUAUAUUGUCCUGGGGGAGCUGGACCAACAGCCCGAUGGGGUCCCCUUGCUGAAGGCCCGGGUGCUAAUCUGCGUGGAAGGGCUCAACCUGGUCCUCUUGGAACAGGCCAUCCAGGAGCAGAGGGAAUACCAGCAAGACAGGGACAACAACGGCCCGCAGGACAUGGAAGCUUCCAGAAGCACGGAUUCCCCCAUUCCUGAGCACCCACCCCCGGACACACGGGGUCCAUGAACAUGCAAGACUUGGCCUAUGGACUGAGGACUGAGCUCCUGGAGACUGGGGCUGGGCUGAGAAGGAGGCAGUGCUGACACCUGAGGAGAUCCCCUGACUGGUCUUGCACCCCACAACCGGGACAGCUUGGGAGGCGGCGCUGUGGGGCCCUGGCUGUGUCCUUAGUGGGGGCCCCGGAAAGUUCUAGAAGCCAGAAGAGAAUAAAAGCGUUUGCAGGGAA